UACCAGAAACGAAACUUAGCGGAAGUCGUGUUUCACAAAGCGGUAUUUAUAACAAAGUAAUAUUAAUUUUGUAUUAUUGUAAAUCUUCAACAUCAAAAUGAGUGGUGGGGUUUACGGAGGAGAUGAAGUUGGUGCUUUGGUGUUUGAUAUUGGAUCCUAUUCCUUCCGAGCAGGUUUUGCUGGAGAAGAUACUCCAAAAGCUGAAAUUCCCACUCAUGUUGGGGUGUUGGAUGAGAUUGAAGCAUCCAUGGAUGUGGAUAAUGCGACAGAUGCUCCUCAACCCGACAAACGCUAUUUCAUAGACACAGUUAACCUCAAGGUUCCGCGGAAAGGCACAGAGAUUGUCAGCUUCCUUAAGGAUGGCAUGAUUGAGAACUGGGAUAUUUUUGAGAAAGUGAUGGACUACGCUAUUACCAAACACAUCAAGACAGAAUCACACUUUCACCCAGUUAUGAUGUCUGAACCAUCUUGGAACAGCAAGGGCAAGCGUGAAAAGUUAACCGAAAUAAUGUUUGAGAAAUAUAACAUUCCUGCUUUUUUCUUGUGUAAAAAUUCAGUUCUCUCAGCAUUUGCUAAUGGGCGAUCGACUGCACUGAUUCUGGAUAGUGGUGCCACACACACAUCGGCGGUACCAGUGUAUGAUGGCUAUGUUAUUCAGCAUGGUAUUGUCAAGUCACCACUGGCUGGUGAUUUCAUCUCGAUGGAAUGCAAGAAACUAGCAGAAGAGAUGGAUAUAGAAGUAUUACCACCAUAUCUCAUCAAGGAAAAGGAAGCAGUGAAUGAGAGCAGUCCUCCUAAGUUUAAAAGGAAAGAGGUUCCCGAAAUGACGAAGUCUUUUCACAAUUAUAUGGUUAAAGAUGUUCUUCAAGACUUUGCAGCCUCUGUGUUACAAGUUUCUGAUACACCAUACGAUCAGAGCACGGCAGACAGUGUUCCAACAGUACAUUACGAGUUUCCAAAUGGUUCUAACCUGGACUUUGGUUCAGAACGGUUUAAAGCUUGUGAGGGAAUAUUUGAUCCUUCUAUAAUAAAGGAUGUUCCAGGCAACACAAUGCUGGGCGUUGGUCACGUGGUCACAACAAGCGUUGGAAUGUGUGAUAUUGAUAUCAGACCUAGUUUGUACAGCAGUGUCAUUGUGUGUGGAGGGAACACGUUACUUGGUGGUUUCACCGACAGACUCAACAGAGAUCUCAGCUCAAAGACGCCCCCCAGUAUGAGGUUGAAGAUAAUCUCGGCAUCAAGCACAGCAGAGAGACGAUUCAGCAGCUGGAUAGGAGGGUCCAUAUUAGCAUCACUGGGUUCAUUCCAACAGAUGUGGAUAUCAAAACAAGAAUACGAUGAAUCUGGCAAGUCUUGUGUUGACAGAAAGUGUCCUUAGUAUAUCUUUAAGGAGACUCGUUACAUUUGAUGGUGCAGAAAUAUGAAAUCUUGUCUUGUGUACUUUCUUGAGGAAACGUUCACUACUGAACUGUAACAACCGACUCUCUAAGGUUGAUGUUUGAUAGGAAUACAGUCAAACUACUGCAUACGUAGAGAAUACUAAACAAGUUCCUAUUACAACUUGUGUCUUUUCAAUUGUACAUCACUUGCUUUUGCUCAUGAUGUAUGAUUAAAAACAAUAAGUAUGUAUUCUAAUUAAUCCAGCUCACAUCAUUGAACAAAUAUCUGACAUUUACUUUCAACAUGACGAGACAUGGAAAUGCACAGAGUUAAGACGAGGAGAGAUGGCGUCGCUAACCGAAAUGACAUUUAACAAAAUGGCUGCAUCACAGCAUGUGGUGGUCACCUGAUUGGAUUAUUUAUCAAUGAAACUUUUCAUUUCCACAUCUUUCUUAAAGAAAUUUACACAAACAGUACUAUAAACAUACAUCUGUGAUGCGAUUGUUCAGAAAAUUAAAAAGAAAAAAGUUGAGGUAGAGGCAGAGUUGGUGUUUCUAUACUGUCUCAAAACUAUUUUAGAUUUGUAUUUGAUUUAGAUGGGUUUAUGAACUUUAGAAUCACUGCAAUAUCUUCCUUUUUUCUUAAUUAUCUUAAAAAUGAACAGUCCCAACUAACAGAUGUAUGGUACAUACAGUGUGUAAUAAUUUUGAUGUGUGAGGUACACUUCACUGCUAAAAUGGCCUUCAGGGUUUCUUAAGGCAGGUUUUCAAGCAUGACUAUUCAUAUUUUGUUUAACAUUGUCAUCCAUAUCACGCAAUAUACAUAAUAAAAGUCAAUUAAUUUUUUUAAA